GAGCCUUUGGAGUUGACCAGGAAACUGUGCGACCUGACGUUAUCCAGAGCCACACCAAAGCGAGGAGCUGUCAAACAAAUGAAUUAAUGUUAUUUUAGUUAUUUCGUAGAAUAUUUAUCGGUAAACCAGAAGCUGCCUGUCCCAGACUGCAAGCUGGUUGAACGUUACCUGCGUGGCUGCUCACAUCAACAUAAAACAAAUGAGCAUGUGACCAAGGACUGGGGUUUAAAGCACAUGAUCUGGACAAGUGGAGGAGGUUAAAAUCAAUCAGGGGUCGAUUAUUUCAAAGUGGUAGAUCGGGAGUGAAUAGCCAUGACAACAUCCUUGCUGAAAGUGAUUCUGCUGGGCGAUGGUGGUGUAGGAAAGAGCUCCAUUAUGAAUCGCUAUGUCACCAACAAGUUUGACGCACACCUCUUCCACACCAUCGGCGUCGAAUUCCUCAACAAGGACCUGGAGGUAGACGGCCACCAGGUUACCCUACAGAUCUGGGACACUGCUGGCCAGGAGCGUUUCCGCAGCCUGAGGACUCCUUUCUAUCGUGGCUCCGAUUGCUGCCUGCUCACUUUUAGCGUAGACGACAGCCAAAGUUUUCUCAACUUAGGAAACUGGAAGAAGGAGUUCAUCUACUACGCCGACGUCAAGGAACCGGAGAAGUUCCCGUUUGUGGUCUUGGGCAACAAAGUAGAUGUAACGGAGAGGCAGGUGUCUUCUGAGGAGGCUCAACAGUGGUGCCAGGAGAACGGUGACUACCCCUAUUAUGAGACCAGUGCCAAGGAUGCCACCAAUGUGGCGGUGGCCUUUGAGGAGGCUGUGCGUAGAGUGUUGGCUAUGGAUGAAAGAACGGACCACCUCAUCCCCACGGACACAGUAAAGCUCCACAGAAAGCCUCGCUCUGCUGCCACUUGCUGUUCAUAACGUCCAGGAGUUAUCACUAACAUUAAUUCACUGUUAUGCCUGUUAUGUGAUGAGGCUGUAGGUGUGCAAUGCUGUAGUAACAUCUUAUUUAAACAAAUUAUGCUACUGGCUUUGUGAUUCAUCAUACUCUUUAAAGGUUUGAUAAUGCAAAUAGUUACACUUGUGUUUGAAAAGACAGAAGAACACUAAAUUCAUCCUAGCCUGAUUACAAAUAAACCGCCAAGCACUAAAUCAUUGACUCAUCUCUGCCACAGUUCAAAAGUCAAGACUUUAAUAAGGUAGCAGAAAUGUUGGCCGAAGACUAUUUGUUGUCCUUGAAAGGUUUCUUGUUCUUCUAAAAAUGGUUAAAUGUUCCAUUCUGUCAUAAUGGAAACGUAUGUGACUCUUAAAAUCAGUGUGUAGAUGUGUGCUACUUGGGGAGUGCAAUUAUCAGAAGGUAUUUCAACUUCACUCCCAAAUGUGACAGUGCAGAGUGACGAUGGAAAUAUUUCUAAUUAGAAAACGACUGCAUAAAUAAAAUAAUUUAUUCCCCCCCGAUAAUCGUAUUUCAGAAAAUGAUGAAGUAGCGAAGGUACUACUUUGUAUAACUAACAAAUUGAGGCUUGAUUGUUGCACCUUUUAGGUUUCGUUUGUGCACAUUUUGCAUUGUGAAUACAUUACGGCUAUGUGCUGGAAGCACUGAGGGAGAAAUUCCCUUCCAGAAAAUAAACAUUAAAGCAAACUUAACAUGCAUGGCAUAUGGUAUAUUGAUGUUUCUGGAAAUUUUUUGUAUUUUGUAACCUUUUUUUACCUCAAGAAUCACUGAAUCAAAUAAGGAGUGUUUCCUUAAUGAAGUAUAAUGAAGUAGUGGUCAUUAUUGAGUAAUCCUUUUCCCUCAUUGAUGGAUUUGUUUUCAAUACUGAUUUUGUUCUUUAAAGCAUUCUAUUAACAUUUUUUUUAAUACUUACAGCUAAGCAUCUUUCCCCACAGCUUAAUAUUUAAAAUAGUGAGCCAUUUCUUUAGGUCAACUGUUUCUCAUUCAGAUUUCAUUUAUAUUCAAAGUUGUACUACUGGUAUGCCAAAUGAUAAAUAAAGCCCCUGAGAAUUGUCCGUUAA